GAAUCAUGUGUUUGAUUAAACCUCAUGAGCAGGAAGUGACUCCUCUAGUAUCUGAUGUGUGUGAUGUUGUGAGGCUGUAGAAGCAUCAGAAAUCAAAGCUGAGUUCUCUCCAGAGCUCCAGCAGCAAAUGUGUUUGCUUGAGUUUGUCUCUGUUAGUUUUAUCCUUGGACUUUUGCUCUUCUUGAACAAGUAGGAUCACCCUACGUGUGUUUUAUUGCCUGACAAGGUUUUUUUUUUUUUAACAGUGCCGGAUCCUUGAGUCUGAUUGGGUUUGUCAAAUUUAGCACUUUAGGGUUUUUGUUUGUUUUUCGUGUGUGGCCAUGAAGGAAGAAAUCGCCGCUGCCGUGUUCUUCGUUGCUCGGCUGGUGAAGAGAUAUGGUUGUCUGGACAAUGACGGCAGGGAGCGAUUUGCUGCCGCCCUCACGUGUGUUCUCUUUGAGAACUACAAGAACCACUGGCACCCGGGUGCACCCACCAAAGGACAGGCCUACAGGUGCCUGCGUAUGAACCGUGUGCAGUUGGAGGACCCUGUGCUGCAGCAGGCCUGCGAGCGCGGCGCAGUGCGGUACGAGGAUCUGGGCCUUCCUCAGGAGGUGACGGUGUGGGUUGACCCUGGAGAGGUGUCCUGCAGGUACGGCGAACGCAGCACUCCAUUCUGCAUCUCCGUGGUGGACGGUUGCCGACGAGACGGGGAGUUUUCCCGCCGCGUCCAUGACGCAGUGGAGCGGGCGAGCCUCGACGUCCUCUCUGGAAGUUCCUCAGAUGAGGAGGGAGGUGGAGACAACAGUAUGAGCAGCAGCAGCAGUGGAAGUAGCAGUUUGUCAGCUCUCUGUCCUGCUCCAGUCGCAACCACCAACCCUGAACCCAAGACCAUCCCAACUGUCAGCAACCCCAACAGCGUCUACAGGUUCAGCGAGUUUUCUCCCGGUGCCCCUCAGACCUGGCACAGGGAGAAGCGGAAGGCCUUUGCCGGGGAUGCGUACGCUCCUCACGUUCCUCACGCUCCUCACGCUCCUCCACCUGCAGGUCUGACGUUCUCCACCCAGAAAGGCUUCAAGUCGUACAGGGCCACAUUCACCUUCGCCGGGCCACGCGUCGACAAGUACCACUGGGUCAGCAAAUCCCGAUCCUAGGGCCGUGCAGCACAGAACCCGGACUGGGGUACUGCUGCUCAGGAACGACUCAAAGCGCCAUGUUCAGUGAGAAAAAAAAAGAUGUGAGGACAGUUUAAGUGGUUAUUAUUCAUACAUGGUUUAGUGUAAUAAUGGUUUAAAGUAAUGCUGUUUAAGCAGGUUUUUAUAUGUUGACAUGUCUGUGUGUUUUAACCAACCCCUCCCCCUCCCAAAUGUGUUUUUAAAAUUAAAGUAAGUGUGAAUAAAGUAACAUUGAACUGUCAUUGAAAAGAAAUAAAAGUUUCUGUGUCA